AUGUCGGUGCGUGUGGUUGUGGUCUGCGCGGCGCUCUGCGCAUGCGCGCGAGCUUGGCUUGGCGGAGCUGUGUGUGCGCGGGAGGCGGCGGGCGCGGGCGGUGCGCGCUACGUGGCGUUCCUGAGCACCGGAUCCGGACCCGGACCCGCGCUGGUCGAGAGCGUCUGGGCUGCCCCCGGCCACCUCCGCGCCUGCUGGGCCCGCCGCGAUCCGCGCCUCGCCCGCGCCUUCCGCGCCACCUGCGCGCACCGCCCGCCCGCCGCUCCCGGGGCCGCGCUGCGCCGAGCCCUAUCCGCGCUGUGGCGUCGCCGCGCCGCCUGCACCGACCCCGUGCUCCCGGGAGCGCAACGCCGCCGCCGUCGGGGCUGGACGCUGCCAGGAACGCUGUGGUGUGGCGCGGGGGACUCGGCGGGGAACUGGAGCGAGCUGGGGCUGUUCCGUGGCCCCGACCGGUGCUGUCGGGAGCACGACCAGUGCUGGGCGCAGAUUACGGCGCUGCAGUUUAACUACGGCAUCCGCAACUAUCGCCUGCACACCGUGUCCCACUGCGAUUGUGACGCCAGGUUCCGGCGGUGCCUGCUUGCCCUCAACGAUACCGUCUCCAACAUCAUCGGCGUCACAUUCUUCGACCUGUUGGAGGUGCCGUGCUUUGUGCUGGAAGAGAGCGAGGAGUGUGUCCAGUGGCACUGGUGGGGUGGGUGCGAGCGUUACGGUGUAGUGCCUCUGGCUAGGAUGGUGCAGCAGAAUCACUACCACCCCAGCCUACCAGUGGAGGAGCCCCUGGGCAAGGGAAGGAAUUUUUCUAGAACAGGGCAUAAGCGGCUUCAACAGGAACUGAGGGCAAAGCCUGGGCGCCACCAGGCACGGAGACCUAAGGCAGCCCAGCAACCACAGGGCCCAGGUACUCCUGUGUCAGCCAGGUAUAAGGCUGAGCUAACAACCAGGCAUCCAGCAGUGCAAUGGCAGCUAGAGCCUGGCCGUACAACAGCAUUGCCAGUGUCAGGACAGGAUCGGGUUGGAGCAGAGCAAGCAGCUGCAAUCUCCGCACGCCCUCAGUAUGGCAGCAUUGGAUCCAGCCCAGCCGCAGAGCAGCAUGGAGCCACCCCCAUGCCAGCUGUGAAGGGGCGGAGGCAGCAGGGCCAGGGCAGGGCGUGCCGGUGCAGCAAGCACCUGGCUAAGUGUGAGCAUCAGAUUGCACCCCAUGAGGCAAGGUACCAGCUGAAUAAUCUGGACAGCCAGACACUCCUUCACUGCAACUGCACACGCAGACUGGCACGGUGCCUCCACAGGGCAAGGGACUGCAGUGACAUGGACGUGGCUGUCCUGGCUGACCACAUCACCAUGGACUGCUUUGUGCUGGAGCUGCCUGCUGCCUGCAGCCCAGGCAGGGAGUCACAGCACAGCUGUACCACAGUGGCCAGGGCUGUGCUUGUAGCUGCACGGCCAUUCAAAAAGAUUUUAAGACACUGGGGCCCUCUGCGUCUGAGCUUCAAGGCCAAGCGUACACACUGGAAGACACAGGCCAAGGGCGGCACCUUCUGUGAGCAGUGUCAGCAUCUGGUCCUAGAGAAGACACCAGGUGCUUGGCCCCACACAGUGCUUUGA